UCCUCACAUUUGUUAAACAUGGCAUACCUUUCUUUUACCAUCACAACUCUCUACAUAUACAGUAUUACUGCACUGCCAAUAUAUGCAUCACAGAUACCAAACAAAAACACUUUACAAACCUACAUUAUUCAUGUCGAGCCACCUGAGACACACCUUAUGUCUCAAUCUCAUUCUCAGUCCGAAGAUCUAGAGAGCUGGUACCGCUCUUUUCUCCCGGCUACCACAGCUAGCACGAGUGAGGACGAGGCGCAUCUAGUCUACUCAUACCGCCACGUGUUUAAGGGAUUUGCUGCUAGGCUUUCACCCAACCACAUCAAGGACAUGGAGAAGAAGAAAGGUUUCAUCUCGGCACGGCCUCAGAAACCCCUGUCUCUGCAUACAACACACUCUCCCAACUUCUUGGGGUUGAACCAGAACACAGGCUUUUGGAAACACUCCAAUUAUGGUAAAGGUGUGAUUAUUGGAGUGUUGGACACCGGAGUACUUCCUGAACAUCCGUCCUUCAGUGACAAGGGGAUGUCUCCGCCACCAGCUAGGUGGAAGGGGAAGUGCCAAUUCAACCACACAACAUGCAACAACAAAAUCAUUGGAGCAAGAUACUUCAGUGCCAACGACCAAAGCCCACUCGAUGAUAUUGGCCAUGGCACUCACACUGCGAGCACUGCUGCUGGGAAUUUCGUUGAAGGGGCGAAUGUUUUUGGCAGCGCCAACGGCACAGCUUCAGGAAUUGCACCACAUGCUCAUCUAGCCAUCUACAAAGUAUGCUGUAGUGAUAGUGAUAUCCUUGCCGGGAUGGACGCUGCUGUUGAAGACGGAGUGGAUGUGCUAUCACUUUCUCUAUCUGCGGACUCAGAAUACUUGUAUGACAAUGCUAUUGCAAUCGGUGCGUUUAGCGCGAUGGAGAAGGGCAUCUUUGUUAGCUGCUCGGCUGGAAAUGCGGGUCCAAGGCACUGGAAUCUAAUAAAUGGGGCACCUUGGAUCCUCACAGUUGGAGCAAGCACUAUAGACAGAAAAGUGGGAGCAAGAGCAAUGUUGGGAAAUAACCAACAAUUGGAAGGCCAGUCAGCUUUUCAACCAAAGAAUGUUCCAAAAAAGCUCUUCCCUCUUGUUUAUGCAGGGAUGUUCAACGCUUCCGACGAAUACGCGCCUUACUGCGUCAACGAUUCACUUAGCCAUAGCAACAUCCGAGGGAAAAUACUGGUGUGUGAGUGUGAAUAUGGGAUAAUAUCACCAAUCGAAAUGGGGGAAGCAGUAAAGAACGGUGGUGGUGCCGGCAUGAUCGUCUUAAAUUCUGAGGCAUACGCAAACAUCACCUUCUCGGAAGCCCACGUCCUUCCGACCACACACCUCAGCUAUGCAGACGGGUUGAAGAUCAAAGCAUACAUUAAUUCGACAAGAAAGCCAACCGCCACUAUUUCCUUCCAGGGCACAUUAAUAGGCGAUGAUCAUCACGCACCUGCAGUUGCUGCAUUUUCCUCCAGGGGACCUAACUAUCCCAGCCCUGGAAUCCUGAAACCAGACAUUUUAGGCCCUGGAGUCAAUAUCCUUGCAGCAUGGCCCACCUCUGUUGAAAACAAACACAACACAGAAUCCAAUUUCAACAUAGUUUCAGGCACCUCAAUGUCGGCCCCACACCUGAGCGGCGUGGCGGCUCUGCUGAAAAGCGCGCAUCCUGAUUGGUCCCCUGCUGCGAUCAAGUCCGCCAUCAUGACAACUGCAGACGUCGUGAACCUCGCUCAUAAUCCGAUUGAGGACGAGAAGUCCCUUCCAGCCGACAUCUUUGCCACGGGGGCAGGCCAAGUGAAUCCAUCAAGAGCUAAUGAUCCGGGGCUCGUCUACGACAUCCUGCCCAAAGAUUACAUUCCAUACCUUUGCGGUUUGAACUACACGAACCGCCAGGUUGGAAUUUUUCUACAGAGGAGGGUGAAUUGCUCAGUGGAAUCGAGGAUACCGGAAGGCCAGCUGAACUAUCCUUCCUUCUCCGUUAUUUUCCAUGGCCAAUUGACUUCACAGGUUUACACGAGGAUUGUGACUAACGUCGGGGAGCCAGACUCAUCUUACCGCGUCGUGAUAUCCGCGCCACGUGGCGUUGAUGUCAAAGUUGAGCCGGCCACACUCGAGUUCACAAAGCGAAACCAGAAAAUGAAGUACGAGGUUACGUUCAAACUACUCGCGUCUGCUCCAAAUGUCACGUUUGUUCAAGGGUUCUUGAAAUGGACUUCUUCAAAGCACUCUGUGCGGAGCCCUAUAGCUAUCUCCUUGCCAUCUUCUAGUCAGUUCUAAGUUGUACUAUUUGAUUACUAUAAAUUAUGUUGUUUCCAGCAAUAUCAGUUGAGCAUUCACUGUUGGGUAAACUUCCAUUUUUAAUUUUCA